AUGCAGGUCGCGGCCAUCGAGCGCGCUGUGUUCGAGACUGACAAUAAUGUCCCUGGAGUGCAGUCUGUUCUACCUUUGGGCUGCGACGUUGCGAUUACACUGACGAUCGUGGGCAUGAUGUGCCUUUCGUGCGCCAACUCGGUCGAGAGUGCGCUCCGAAAUAGCCCGGGAGUCGUCACGGCCAUCGUUAACUACGCCACCGAGAGCGCGUUCGUCAAGUUUUCUCCACUUGACACGAGCGUGCCGUCGCUACUCAGAGUUGUCGAGGCCAUCGGCUAUGAAGGCUCCGUCGCGACGGGCUCGGCAACGGCCGCGCGCCAGCUCCUCAUCGCUCUGUGCUUCACAGUCCCCAUUCUGGGCAUUAUGACCGUGCUCGACCACAUUCCAAUUGCAGCAUCCAUGCUGCAGACGCCGCUUUUCGGCCUCCGCGGCUCGUCCUGGCGCGCGCUGCUUCUGUGCCUGUUCGCGACGCCUGUUCAGACGUACGCAGGCUUGCGAUUCCACAAGGAAGCCAUCAACGGCUUCAGAACUCGCAACUAUGGCAUGUCCGUUCUCAUCUCGCUCGGCUCCAACGCAGCGUACUGCUACGGUCUCUUCAGCGAUAUUUACAGCCUCAUUGUGGCCGAUGCAAGCAUGAGCAUGUCCGACAUGUACAUGGAGUCGUCGAUGCUCAUCACGUUCAUUCUGCUCGGCAAGACCAUGGAAGCGAUCGCGAAAGGCCGCACCAACGACGCACUCCGCAAGCUCUUUGAGCUCCAAGCCAAGGUCGCCACGAUGCUGAUCACAGACGCCGAUGGCAAUCUCAGCGAAGAGGUCGUGCCCAUCGAGUUGGUGCAGCGUGGCGACAUUCUCAAGGUCGUCCGCGGCGGCAACGUCCCGGCCGACGGUGUCAUCACGGAGGGCGAAGGCCGCCUCGACGAGUCCAUGCUCACGGGCGAGUCCAAGCCGGUGCAUCAAAAAGCACCUGGUGACACGGUCCUCGGCGCCACGCUCAACGUCGACGGUCUCUUUCACAUGCGCGUCACGGGCGUCGGUCGCGACACGGCGCUGAGCCAGAUUGUGCGACUGGUCGAAGACGCGCAGACGUCCAAGGCGCCGAUCCAAGCCUACGCCGACAAGAUCGCGUCGGUGUUUGUGCCGAUCGUGCUGGGUCUCUCUGUGCUGACGUUUGCAGUCUGGUUUGGUCUGGUCUCGUUCGGAUAUGUGGUGCCGCCAGACCACACGGGCGGCUUUCUCUUUGCGUUCAACUUUGCCAUCUCGACGCUCGUGGUUGCGUGUCCGUGCGCUUUGGGGCUGGCGACACCGACGGCCGUCAUGGUCGGGACAGGUGUCGGCGCGACCCACGGCAUCCUCAUCAAGGGCGGCGAGCCCCUCGAGGUCGCACACAAAGUCAACACGGUGCUCUUUGACAAGACGGGGACGUUGACGAACGGGACGCCGAGCGUGACGGACGUGAUUGUGCUGAGCAACGAGUGGACGUCGGACGCAUUGAUGUGGCUGGCGGCGUCGGCAGAGCUCGGUAGCGAGCACACGCUCGGUCGGGCGAUCGUGAACCGUGGCAAGCUAUUGGCCAAGCCCUUGGAGCAGCCCGAGUCGUUUACUGCUGUCUCGGGGAAAGGAAUUACUGCUGAGGUGCAGAAGACCACGGUGCACAUCGGCAACUUCGACUAUCUCAAAGAAAAGAGCGUUCGCAUCAACGUCGACUACGUGUCAAAACAAGCACGGAGCCUCGAAGAGACUGGGAAAAGCACCGUGUUUGUGGCCGCCAAGAAGACGCUAUUGGCGAUUAUUGGCAUCUCGGACGCGCCGCGCGCCGAGGCCAAGCAGACGAUCGCUCAUCUCCAUGCGCUCGGCCUCGACGUGUACAUGGUGACGGGCGACAAUAGCCGCACGGCGCACUGGGUCGCAGCGCAAAUCGGUCUUCCGAGCCAGCACGUCAUGGCCGAGCUCCAGGCCCAAGGUCGCAUCGUGGCCAUGGUAGGCGACGGCAUCAACGACGCGCCCGCGCUGGCGCAAGCCGACCUCGGAGUUGCGAUCGGUGCUGGCACGGACAUUGCGAUCGAGACGGCGCAGAUGGUGCUCAUGAAGUCCAAGCUGCACGACGUCGUGACGGCGCUGGACCUCUCGCGGACCAUCUACCGGCGCAUCCAGCUCAACUUUGUGUGGGCGAUGGGGUACAACUUGGUGUUGCUGCCCUUGUCGGCGGGCGUACUCUACCACUGGAACGUCUCGAUCCCGCCCAUGUUUGCGGGCGCGGCCAUGGCGUUCUCGUCCGUCUCGGUCGUCACGUCGUCGCUUCUGCUCAAGUGGUACACGCCGCCGACGCGACGCUAUGCAUCCCGUGGACAAGUGGGCCCCGAGGACAAUAGCACAAUGCGCCUCGGUCCUACGAGUGCAUCGGUACAACCACAGGAAGGCCCAAGAAUCAUUUUGGCAAGCGAAACCCGUCCGAUUGAGCGCGUGGUCAAGCUCAAGGGUCCGCCCUGGCCAACUCCGCAACCGGUGUACAAUUUGUAG